AUGGAAUGCAAUGUGGAGUGGGGACUGGUCAGAGUUCUGCGCAGGCGCGGUGGUGAGGGUGAGGCCGGGCGCCGCGCAGGCGUACUGGCGGCCGGAGUCUGCCAGCUGCAACUUCAAGCGGGAGGAGGGCGGCGCGUGCGGGUUGUGUUCAUUGAGUCCGUUAUUUCGGAGGCUGUCAAAGAACCACGCACCUACUGCCCGACACAGCCAAUGGCGGAAUGCGGGACCAUGGAGGAUCUGCGAGAAGAUGCUCUCAUCGACUUCUUGGCGAAGAAAGGCGGCCGAGUAAAAAACAAGGAGCUGGUGGAGAGGUUUAAAAAAUUCAUCAACGCGCCGGAGCCUCAGCUAAAAGCUAAAUAUCGUGAUAUCUUCAAAGAUAUUGUCAACAAAAUUGCACUGGUCAAACAGGAAGAUAAUGGUAUACACAUGAUGUGCAAAGCAAGAAAGACACAGGGUGAAAAAUAUGUUGUUCUUAAAAAGAAAUAUCAACAUCUUGUGCGGGAAAGAGAUGGAUACCACAAAGAAGAAAACAUUACAAUGAGUACUCCUGUAGAAGAGUUUGUUGAACAGUUACAGAAAGAAGAACUAUCCCCACAUUCUGAAGAAGAAAAACAGCAGAACUCUAACUCUGAUGCCCCAAAAAGCAAGAAAACCUCUCCAAUGGAAACCCUACAGAAAAUAGAUAUUAGUGAACCUACAAGUAGCAAGAUUUCUGCAGGAAGCUCUACAGAAGAAAAAGUGAACAUGUGUGAGUGGAUUGUACAAGAAUUACCUCCACCAGCAGCUGACACUAAGACCAAGGUGCCUUCAGAACUAGCGAGGGAGAGCCAGGAAAGACCCAGUAUUUGCUUCAGUGAAGCAUUUGGAGAAAAACAGUGCAAAAAGCUUGAUACUGCAUCUGAAAGUGUUACAGAAUGUCCAGUGCAGAUUGAAGUAAAGGUGGAAGAACCCCAAACAGAUGAAUUUGAUUCUGUGUUCAAG